CUCCGGUUUGACAUGAGCAAAUGGUGCCGCAGCUCAUGGCAGGAAGAACAUGGGCGGCAACAAGGUUUGCUAGAGACGAUAGGGAGCCGGGAAGAGUGACUGGAUAAGAUGCAAGAAGGAGCUUUGUGCAGCUGACCCCAUAGCAUUGGAUUGCUUCGAUUGGAAGAUAACGGGAACGGGGGUAAUGAUGACAGAGUUCGGCUGGGCCAGGAACAGCGCGUUGCACUCCCUGGGCCACUGAGCUCUACCGAUGUGUUCCGGACUUCUGCAGCCCUCUGAAUCCUCCUCCCACGGCCCUGCCAUGACCAUAAGGCCGGGGCUGCACCACAUGAACGGCACCUCUGGAGCGGUGCAGGCGCCGCCGCCGGACCAUUUCUGUCAGGGUCAUGAUACCCCACAGUUUGGGGCGCAGAUUUCGCACACUGCAGGUCCAAAUGUUGAGCAGAGCAAGAUGGAUAGCCAGCGGAUUGUGGACGCAAUGUUGGUGCAGGAAAGGCAGGCGUAUGCACAGGAAGGGGAGGGGGCUGCUGCCUGUAGUACAGACCAGUUUGCAAGAGCAGAUUUUAGGGGGGCGUCUGCACGGGGGGAAGGCAACGGUAACUCUGCUGGGGGUGCAGAUGCAGCAGGGAAUAAAAGGGGGGGAGAUGUAGCGGAGACGGAGGCAAGGCAGCAGAUGGUGGGGCUGGUAGAAGAACUCAAAAGGAUGGAUGAUUUGGCCUGCUUCAUCGAGCCCGUAGACGAUUCAUUUGCGCCUGGAUAUUCAAAGAUCAUCCUGCGGCCAAUGAGUUUCUCGGUGAUGUUGAAGAAGGCCAAGAACGGGGAGUACUCACUCAUAAAGGAUCUGCUGGAGGACUUUGAGCUUAUCUGCUUCAAUGCAAUGAAGUACAAUGCAAAGCGAUCGAAGAUCUACAACGCCGCAAACACGCUGCUUAGGAAAGGCAAGAAGCACAUUCGAGCAUUCACCGUAGUGCACAGACCGGCAGAACUAGAACGAAAGUCGGACAAGCGUGCCGUUGAUACCCAACCAGCCUCAAAGGUGAAAACACGGCGCGAGUUGGCAAAGUCGGCCGAGGAACAAGUGGAACGCCCAAGAUCGAAGCAAGGGGAAAUUGACGUAGUUGGGGAAGCUGGUGGAGCCGAGUUUAGGCAGGAGGAUCGGUACGAGGGAUCGACGGACUGCUCGAGCUCGUACGCAGAGACAGCCAGCGAUUCAGAGGAAGAGUGGGGUUACGACCCCGAGGUCUCAAGCAGGCUUCGGGCUGAUGAUAGAGACGCAGAAGGGAGGGAGAAGCGUUCGCUCCAUCCCGAGUGGAAGAAGCAGCGGAGGGGGAUUGAGUGGCGCGCUAGGUGGCUAGAGAUGCGCAUGGUCGACAUCCAGGAGAAGGCAGACCGGUACAGCCACCUCGCACGGCAACUGAAGUCCCGUCAGCAUACGCACGCGCUCCACCCAGCCGGUCAGAAGCAACUACCACCACCCUCCUCCCAACAACCGUCUCUUCCAACAACGUCUCCGGCCGCAUUUCCAAGCCCCCAGGUCCCAAGCCCUCAGCUUUUGGAGGCGCCGCCAGCAUUGCCCCAAGCUGUGGACCAUGCUGCAAUGCCCCCAGGUCACGCAGCACCCACCGCUUCUGCUCCCAGGCCAGCUGAGCCUUCCCAGAUGCAAACUGCGCAAGAAAGCCAAACAGCAGGGGCGACUCCGGAAGUGCCAGGCGUCGCUGCUCCAUCGCAACAAGUGGCGCCUGUUGCUCAAACCCUGGGGCAGGGUGCCGCCAAGGCGUUGGCACCUAGCAGCCUUACAGUGGCCCAUGUCCAGGCGCCAGGUGGCGCUUCGCCUUCGGAUGUCCAGGCGCCAGCUGGCGAGACGGGUCGACAGUUGGCGCCUGCGUCGGCGCCAGCUGUCAGCAUCCCGGUUCGGAAGGGCACGAGCACAGCAGCCAGAGUCGAUCUCGAGGCUGUCCAGUUACCGAAGGAUGACGAAGGGGCCCCAAGCGCUUUGCCGGGUGAGACGCUUGUGGGGCGCGUGAAGCAGUCGCUGCGGCACCACAGGAAGCGGAAGAAGGUGGAGGACGAGCCGUUGACGGAGCAAUUCAUGGCGCAGCACCCCCUGCUCUCCAGAUACGAUAAAGCUUCUCGAAAGAGGCCACGGAUGCCAGGAGACGACACCGUCAGCAUGGCAGAUGUCGAUCUUCGCUCCAUGUCCCCUGGCAUCGAGGCCCCCCCCGAGCGCGCCCCCCGCCCCUACCUGCCCCCCCUCCCGACGGUCCUCGAAGAUGAGCCGAUGGACUGCCUCCUGGAAAAGAUCGAAGCGCUCCAACAACGUCUCCACGUUCUCCGCUCCCAACUCCACUACAGCGCCGCCAACCGCGCCGCCCCCCCUCGGCGGCCCCCCGCCCAGACCCCCCGUCCCUUGGGCCAAAACCCUGCCGUCGUACCCCCCCGGCAGUUCGUUUCCCCACGGCCGUCUCCGACCCCCUCGCCACGAAAUGCACCUUCCCCUUCCCCCGGGGCGCGGAGCAUGAUGUCGCCCUCCCCCUCGGGGAGCCCGAAAGCCGAGGCGCUCGAGCGCACGCGGAGCUUGAUGAACGUUUCUGGGGGGGUGGGGGCGAUCCAGCGGUCGGGGUCGGGCGCGGCGCUGGUGCCCGGGCGGAGGCGGACGGCGGACUAUGACAUCAGCAACGUGGUGUCGUCGGUGUCGGUGGGGCGCAAGACGGUGGAGCAGCUGCAGCACACCAAGAUCGAGACGCCGCGCUGGCGGCUGGUGCAGCAGACGUUCGACGAGCUGGUGGGGGGGGACAGCAGCGAGGAGGAUACGGAUGACGAUUCCUACGCUCGCCGGCACGCCCCCCUCGAGGCGCAAGAGAAGCUGCGCUACAUGGCCCCCCCCAGCAAGCACCAGGGCUUAGGGAAGCCCACCGGCAAAAUAAAGGAGAAGCCCCGGGGGAAGCCUCAGCAGGACGGGCACACAGAGCUUAUAUCCCCGAGGCCGCCCGCUUAUAAGCGGCGGAAGGCGCAGGGCGGGAAGAACGAGAACGGCGUCGCCAAGGCGAAGACGAAGGGGGGUGGGCUGCCGCCAGCUGGUGCGAAGGGGAAGGCGCCACCUGGCAAGGUCGCAGAGACGGCGUCUGCUGACGGGUCGGAUGGGGCCGCCAAGGAUGGUGGGGAGGGAAGCGUCAGUCAAGAGGACAUACUUAAGCGGAGGGCUUCACCGGGGUUGACGAUACAAAUUCCAGAGAUCCACUAGGAGGGGGCUGAAAUUGCAUCGAAUUUAACAGUGCAGUCGAAAGCAACUCGCAGUUUUUGUGCAACAGGGUUUCUCCGAUCUCGUCGAGAUUCUAUAGAGUGUGACUCAGGGUUGACCUCUCAUAGUGAACGGAUUCAAGUCAAAAGUUGCUUGUUUCAGGAUCGAUCACGUAUGAUGCAUUGUGGUCUGUAAGUUCUCCCUGUUUGGAUGCAGUCACUUCUGGGAACUCGGUUAGUUGCUAUGCGGAGCUACUGAGCUGCACAAUUAUUGUUCACAGACCGACCACAAAGCUUGAUUUGGUG